ACUCUUUCUUUAAGCGGUAGGCACCAACCUUUCAUCCCUCGCCCCACCAAAAAUAUAAGGCCACCACAAUCCUACAUUCUCCUUCAAGCUUUCAAUCUCUCUUCCAAACUUGGCUCCCAGAAACACCUAUUGAAUGAUGUUAUAGCAGCCUAUGAAAUCUUGAACAUCUCUCACUCAAAGCACACUUGUUUGUUUUGUUUGAUUGAUUGUUUCAACUUUGAUAUCAGAAAUGGGAGAAAUCUCAAAUUUCCAACUGGGUGUCGUUGGGGCACUCUUCCUCUCAGUAGCAUCCUCUGUGUCCAUUGUUAUCUGUAACAAAGCUCUCAUGAGCAACCUCGGCUUCCCUUUCGCAACUACUCUAACUAGUUGGCAUCUGAUGGUCACAUAUUGCACUCUUCACGUCGCUCAUCGCUUAAAUUUCUUCGAAUCCAAACCCAUCGACACAAAGACCGUCGUGCUCUUUGGGAUGCUCAAUGGCAUCUCCAUUGGAUUUCUUAACUUGAGCUUGGGAUUCAAUUCUGUUGGAUUCUACCAGAUGACAAAACUUGCAAUCAUACCAUUCACUGUUAUGUUAGAGACUAUAGUCCUUAAGAAACAAUUCAGCUCCAAGAUUAGGCUCUCUCUUUUCCUCUUGCUGGUUGGAGUUGGCAUUGCCUCUAUCACUGAUCUCCAGCUCAAUUUCAUGGGCACUGUUCUUUCUCUCUUGGCUAUCAUAACAACCUGUGUUGGCCAAAUUCUAACCAACACUAUACAGAAGAGGCUGAGUGUUUCUUCUACCCAGCUGCUGUAUCAGUCUGCUCCAUUUCAAGCAGCCAUUCUGUUCGUCUCUGGCCCUUUCUUAGACCAAUGUCUUACCAACAAAAACGUGUUUGCUUACAAGUAUUCCCCUGUGGUGCUGGCGUUUAUCAUCCUUUCUUGUUUGAUAUCUGUGUCUGUCAACUUUAGCACGUUUUUGGUGAUUGGAAAGACGUCGCCGGUGACAUACCAGGUGCUCGGUCACCUCAAGACUUGCCUUGUUCUUGGGUUUGGCUAUACUCUUCUUCAUGACCCCUUCACUGAGAGGAACCUCAUUGGAAUUCUAGUAGCCAUUGCUGGGAUGGGAUUGUAUUCAUAUUUUUGUACCCAAGAGAGUAAGAAGAAGCAGGGUGACCUCUGUUUAGGAUCUCAGAUAAAAGAUAAGGAAACUGCAGCUCUUCUAGCAGGUGUUCAUCAAGAUAAAGAAAGCCAUGAAGUGAAGAAAUCAAACAAGGAUUCUCUGGUGUAAUUAAGAUGUAUUUAGAUAUUGUGAAGAAAGUUUUGUUUUUUUGUUUUGUGAGGGAAAGAUGGAUUUGAAUUCUUGAAAUAAACACACCCAUUUUCG